CAACGAGCGACCAUCCACAUCAUCAGAGUCAAGGCGAUCCCGGUCACCUCGAAGACAGGAAUCUUGCAGACAUACAUCUCAUGACGAAGCAGAGAUGAAGUCGAUGGUUGCAAAGCUAGGCAAGAAUGUUGUCGUGAUACAAGAGCACUUCGAGGCGGUACGCGCUAAGAAGGAGGCUAAGGCGCAGAAGAAGCUCGAGAUAGAGGAAGCAAAAAGACGUGAGGAAGAAGCACUGAAGUUUGUUGCCGAAGAACAAGCGCGGAAGGAGAAGAAGGCUGAGAAGAAGAAAGAGAAGGUACGCUUGGAGGCCGAAUGGCGGGCGGAGAUGAAAAAGGAUCUAGAUAUCCAGGCCGCUAUCCGCUUUACUGAAAUGGAGGACCGAUUCAUCAGUCGUAUUACACAAGCGGUAGCACCGCUUGGUUUGCUGAGGGCGGACAAAGGCAAGAGGAAAGUUGCCUACCAAUCAGCUAGUACCUCCGCUUCAUCCAGUGAGGACGAGGGGAGCGACACGAGUGUUACUCAGGAGAUAAGUGAGAAGACUGAACGCUUGUGCAUCUCGGAGAAGCGGAAGAGAGGGCCCGAACCUGUGUUUGAAGAUAGUCCGCUCAUGGAGGUGCCGCCUAAGAGAACACCGAAGCGGGGAAUUCUGAAGCUUGUGAAACUGUCAGCACGGAUAACUCGCUCGCAGGCAAAGAAGGGCGGCGCGAAGACACCGAAUUCGAUGCGUAAAGCAGCAGACACUCCUGCAUCAUUACGGAAGACUCCGGUCCGUAUUUCGCCACAGGCGCGUGGCCUAACACCAGGUUCAAAAGGAGCACUGGCACGCCUGCGCUACCGGGACAACAUCCUACGGGAGUUGAAGACCCUCGAUGCCACUGAACUGCAACGCAUUUGCCGUGAUGAAGGGGUUAUCUAUGAUAAGAAGAUUGACGCGAUCUUUGAUAUUGUCGUACAUCGAACGAACGUGGCGUUUACCGCAGCUUCUGUCAAUGAAGUGGAAGUUAUUCCAAUAGCCGACUCAGAGGAGGUGGGUGCAGACGCCGGCGAUACCAAUGUUGUGAAUGAGUGACGACCUUUUGAUGUUCCGCAGCUAUGGAACCUUUGCAGAUGUUUGACACAGAUACGUGGUGAACUUGUCGCUGUCAAUAGAUCGGUUGAUGGUCUAUUGCGCGUUGUCUUCCUGUUGUUAGUUGUGCAUAACCAGA